GCGGUCGUGGGUGCGAGGCUGACUAAAAAGACCCAACAAGAUCUCGGUCAUGGCCGACGUCGUGCUGCGCCGUGGCGAGCUCGUGUACCGACGCGAUGGCCACGCCGAGUGGCAGCGUUGCUGGGUCAAGAUGUACGCUGACCGCGUGGUCGACCACACGCAGGCUCUCUGGCUCGCGACCAAGCAAGUCGUGCGCGUUGAGCCUGGCCUCGGCGGCCCGAGCCCGUGGGUGUUUCGCAUUACCGUCGCUGGCAGCGCCGCCAUCGACGCCUGCGUGGCCUCACAAGACGAGCGCGAUGGCUGGAUCCGGUGCCUCGUGGAUGCCAAGCGCGCGUACCUCGCGGAGAAUGGCAAGCUUCUCUUCCAAGCGGCGCACUCGCCGAUGCCGGACCCGCCAGCCUUUGUGCGGUUUGCCGACAGCGACUCGGAAGCGCACUCGUCGGCCGACGACGACAGCCUCUCGGAGACGGACGAUCUGCCCGCGAGCCUCAAGAAACUCGUCGUAGGGCCCAAGCGCCCUGUGCGGGACCGGCCGCGCAUUCUGACGAUCGUGCACGUCGAGAUGGAGACGAGGGCGCACGGCCGCUUCGUCGCACCCAUUGCGCUCGACGACGACAGCUUGAGAACCACGCACGUCGAUGCGCUCAAGAAGGAGGCACUCGGGAAGCUCAAGCACAAGAUUGUACACAGCCUCGACGCGGACGUGAUCGCCGCCGACGCGACACUGCGCGACCUCACCCAAGACGACGCCACCUCGUUCGUGCUCGUCUUGCCGGAUGCGAUACGCGACGUGUGGCUGCGCAACGAAGAUAAACCGCUGUGCUACUACCUCGACAUGAAGCUCGAGACUGCGUCCGAGACGGUGCAUCUCUCGCUCCGCCCCGUGCAAGCCAUGCCGCCGCCACCGCUCCAGGUCGAGAUCACGGGCAACGCCAACAAGGUCAGCGACCUCUCGCAAAAGCUCUACACGACGUACACGAUCCAAGUCGAGUACAACGACGUCAAGUGGACAGUCGUCCACCGGUUUCAGGACUUUCUCGCGCUGGAUGACGCAAUCAAAAAUGACGUGGCGCCCUACCGCGCGUACCUUCCGCCCCUGCCAAAGAAGAAGGCGAUCACGCCCAAGAAAGGCUCGUUCGUCAGCAAGCGCCAGCGCAAGCUGCAGGCGUACCUCCAAGACGUUGUCGCGCUGCCCGGCCUCGCACAAAACGUCCACGUCAUGACGUUUCUCGGUGUGGUCUCGAUGGCCCGGAACCGCGAGGUUGUCCGAAGCGUCUUGCAUGUCUCGGCCGUCCACGCGUGCUUGAGCUACGGCGACAUUAUCCUCUUCAAGACGCGCUUUGGUGCGAGCAAAGUGCAGCGCAAGAUUACCGGUGCGCGGUACGACCACGCCGCGAUCGUUGUGCCAGGGUCGACGCCGCCGCUGCUCUCGCUCCUCGAGGCGACUGGCGAAGGCAUCCAAGUCUAUGCGCUCAAAGCGCGACUGCAGGCGUACGGGCGCGAGGUCACAAACGCCAUUGUCGCGCGCCGGGUGCUCGCGCAUCGGUCGCCGACGACGCUCGCCAAGAUCCAAGAGUUUGUGCUCGGCGUCGAAGGCAACGCGUACAGCAUCUUUGGCAUCCUCAACCGGUCCAAAGUCGAAAAGGAAGAGAAAACGACCAAAUACUUUUGCUCCGAGCUCGUCGCGGCCGCGCUCAUGCACGUGGGGUGGCUCCAGAAGGACGUGCCACCGAGCUUUUACUGGCCCGGCAACUUUGAAGAAGGCGGUGAGCUCGAGCGCCACAUUCUUCCGGGCGUCACGCUUGGCCCCGAGCUCGCCCUCGACUGUAAAUUUCUCGAAGUCGGUCGUGCACAGUAAUUUCAACUUGUCGCGACAAGAACUUGACGAGCUUUCAACAUGGAUAGCUUGCAUGAAUAACGUUGUUGUUGAUG